AUGGCACCCUCACGAGGUCCCCAGCCCCUUGCACGAACACUUCAUAAAACACUCUCCAAUCACCGCGGGGCUGUCCACGUCGUCCGUUACGCGAAGGGCACCGCCAAGUAUGUGCUGAGCGGAGGGCAAGAUCGUACAAUACGCCUGUGGAAUCCAGACACUGGCGCGGAGGUCAAGACCUUUUCCGCCCAUGGUUAUGAAGUGCUCUCAAUCUCGGUGAGCCACGACAAUGCCAAGUUUGCGUCUGCUGGAGGAGACAGAACCGUCUUUCUGUGGGAUGUGGCCUCGGGAACUACAACGCGGAGGAUGUCGGGACAUAUGGGCAAGGUGCAUACGGUAGAGUUUAACGCGGACGCGAGUAUUUUGGCAUCAGGGUCCUUCGAUGCAACAGUCAAGCUUUGGGAUCUUCGCUCUCCCCCUCGGACCCCGAUCCAGACGCUGAACGAAGCUCGCGACGCGGUUCAAGCCCUGCAUGUUGAUUCUACCUAUCUCGUCUCGGGCUCCGUCGAUGGUUAUGCCCGUACCUACGACCUACGUAUGGGCGAGCUGCGCGAGGACUAUGUUGGUCCGCCCGUCACCUCGGUCAUCCCCUCCGCAGACUCCACAACCCUUCUCGUUACGACGCUUGACUCUAACAUUCGAUUGUUUGACAACGCUACGGGCAAGCUGCUGAACUCAUUCACUGGUCACAAGCACGCAGAGUACCGUUCUCGUGCCUGUUUUGGGCACGGUGAAGCGACCGUCGUCGCAGGUGAUGAGGAUGGCCGGAUAUGGGCUUGGGACCUUGUUGAUGCGAACGUCCUUCAGCCGAAUCCUCCUCCAAGGGUGCAUGAUAAGGUCAUAACGUGGACAGAACACCAUCCUACGGACGCCGGAGAGAUGAUUACUGCUAGUGCAGAUGGGAAUGUGAAGGUCUGGAGACAUCCGUCAUAA